AUGUCGCUCCUCAACUACCGCACCAUCAACGUCGACCAGCUCGACCCCGAGUCCUCGGUCAACUUCCCCAUGGAGACUCUUCUCCCUGCCACGCUGCCUCAGCCCGAGACCUCCAGUGACGCCGCCAAUAUUGCUUCACAGAUCCGUCAAUUGCUGCGCAGUGGCGACACUGUCGGCGCGCUCCGCCAGGUCCUGGAUACCGCGCCACUGGGGGGUGAUGACCGCGCAAAGGAAGUGCAUCUGGGGACGGUGAUCGAGGUGUUGCAGGGCAUUCGACAGGCUGAGAUGACUCGGGUCUUGGAGGAUGUUGUCAGCGGUGAUGGUGGAUCUGAGCGCGCGGACUGCCUGAUGAAGUAUAUUUACAAGGGAAUGUCCUCCUCUGGGGCCAGUGGGGGUGCCUCAACCCCACGCAAGAUUGACUCUCCUCAGGCCACUGGAUUCUCGCAAAUUCAAGCUCGAAACGCAGGCGAAGGUGGUGGUGGUCAGCAGAUGAGCGUCUUGUUGAACUGGCACGAGAAGCUCGUCGAGUUGACGGGUACUGGAUCGAUUGUUCGUGUUAUGACUGAUCGUCGGACCGUGUAA